AUGUCUAAACAAUACUUGACCACACACACCGUGGACAAUGCCCACAUAACCGACAUUUUCGGACUGGCUACGACUUCGAGAGCUGUUCUAUCUGCCAGCGGUUCGUCGACACUUCAUAUUCACAACACCGCCGAUCCUGCGAUUCCCAUUACCCAGUCCAUCAGCGGCGCCCAUAAGCUCGGGUGUCACCACAUUUGCACCUCGCGCGAUGGCCGUGUGGCUGCGAGUGCUGGAUUCGCUGGGGAGCUGAAAGUUUGGGUGAUUGACAAGGACACAAACGAAUGGAAGCUGCACUCUGAAGUCAAGGACAAGAACUCCAAAGCUGGAGAGACGUGGGCUAUUGCGCUCAGCGAAGAUGGCAAGUUCCUGGCGGGUACGACGUACGACGGCCGGGUAAAUGUGUGGGAUGUCGGUGAAGAAGGAACGCCCAAGAUCCGGGAAUACGAAACGGGAAGCCCGGGUUCAGGUAGCUUUGGCAUGUCUGUAGAUUUGAGUCGGGAUGGACGGUAUACCGCGAGUGGACACCAGAACGGCUCCGUCUACGUCUUCAACAACGACAGUGGCCGACUUGCGUACUCAUUACCUGGACUGGCCAAGCCUGUACGCGCCGUUGCGUUUUCACCGGGUAACACAAGAUUGGCGGCUGCCGGCGACUCUGCUAUAAUCGCCAUCUACGACCUCAAGCAUGGCGAGCAAGUUGGUAACAUGACGGGCCACUCCUCAUGGAUCACAUCCAUCGACUGGAGCGACACGGGCGAGUAUCUCCUCAGCGGAGCAAUGGACGGCAAGGUCAAGGUCUGGUCAGUGGAGCGUUACACCUGCGUGGCCACGCACAGCGAGACAGACAAGGCACUGUGGUCCGUCAAGUGGCUCCCCAAGACUGGAAAGAGUGAAUCUUUCUGCACGGCUGGCGCCAACAGAAGCAUCUCGUUCUACAGGGAGGCUACGGGAGCAUAG